GCUGAUGAUGGCAGAACAUUCUUAGCACCACUUGAGAGACUAAAGCUUGAAUAUACAGUUCGUGGUGAGCAAAGGAGUUUGUUUGUGGUGGCUAAGUCAAUUGCGACCACGCAGGGUUUGACAGGAUUCUGGAAAGGUAAUUUGCUCAAUGUUCUCCGAACCGCUCCUUUCAAAGCCGUCAAUUUUUGUGCCUACGAUACGUAUAGAAAGCAAUUGCUUAGAAUCGCUGGGAAUCAAGAAGCUACCAACUUUGAAAGAUUCGUUGCUGGAGCUGCUGCUGGGAUUACUGCUACUGUACUCUGCUUGCCACUUGACACUAUACGAACCAAACUAGUUGCUCGGGGUGGAGAAACCUUGGGCGGAAUCGCUGGAGCUUUCCGGUAUAUGAUCCAAAACGAAGGGUUGUUUUCACUCUACAAGGGUCUAGUUCCUUCCAUAGCAAGCAUGGCUUUGUCAGGUGCAGUUUUCUAUGGCGUUUACGACAUCCUUAAAUCAUCUUAUCUGCAUACACCAGAAGGCCUGAAAAGACUGAAAGACAUGAAGCAGCAGGGACAAGAAAUCAAUGCUCUAGACCGGCUCGAGUUAGGACCCAUCAGAACUCUCAUGUACGGUGCUGUUGCUGGUGCCUGUACUGAAGUAGCCACUUAUCCGUUCGAAGUAGUGAGACGGCAGCUUCAGAUGCAGAUGGGUAAAAACAAGCUCAAUGCUUUAGCUAUGGGAUUCAAUAUCAUUGAGAGAGGAGGGAUCCCAGCUUUAUACGCUGGACUUUUACCUAGCUUGCUCCAGGUAUUGCCUUCGGCUUCAAUAAGUUACUUUGUCUACGAGUGUAUGAAGAUAGUACUUAAAGUAGAAUGACAAGUUUUCAAGAUUAAGAUU